CUCUCUCUCUCUAAGGCUGCCAUAUAAAGAAGAAUGGCGGAGGAAGGGAAAACCUGACGAGAAGCUUCAUUUUCCUCUGCAUCAAUCAACCAUUACCUCCGACUCCAGCCCACGAUCACGCACAAGAUAGCCAAUUCGAUCCAGGGUCCAACCCAGUUUUAGAGGGAUCGGGGGAAUCGAGGAGCAGGGCAGGGGCGGAUCAGGUGGGAACAUGUCGUGCUCGUCGUCGUCGGGCUCGGAGGAAGACGAUGAGGGGGUCGACUCCUACAGGAAAGGAGGCUACCACGCUGUCCGGGUAGGGGAUCCGUUCGCUGGAGGCAGGUACGUCGCCCAGAAGAAGCUGGGCUGGGGUCAGUUCUCCACGGUUUGGCUCGCGUACGACACUCAAACCUCUAAAUAUGUGGCUCUUAAAAUCCAAAAAAGUGCGGCACUGUUUGCCCAGGCAGCCCUUCACGAGAUUGAGGUAUUGUCAGCAAUUGCUGAUGGGGACCCAUCGAACUCGCGGUGUGUUGUCCAAUUGAUGGACCAUUUUAAGCAUGUUGGGCCGAAUGGGCAACAUCUAUGCAUGGUUCUCGAAUUCCUUGGGGAUAGCUUGCUUCGACUAAUAAAGUACAACCGCUAUAAAGGCCUUGAGUUGAACAAAGUACGGGAGAUUUGCAGAUGCAUUUUGGUGGGAUUGGAUUACCUGCAUAGAGAGCUCGGUAUAAUCCACACUGACCUGAAGCCUGAAAAUAUUCUUCUUGCUAACACUAUUGACCCGGCCAAGGACCCAAUAAGGUCCGGGGCCUCCCCGAUACUGGAGAGGCCCGAAGGCAACCCUUACACAGGGGUCACAAUGAGCCUCAUUGAGAAGAAGCUAAAGAGGAGGGCUCGGAGGGCCGCUGCUAAGAUAUCUGGGAGAAGGUCUUCGAUGGGAGGGGCAGCUCCGAAGCCGGAGAGGAGCAUGGAAGGGAUUGAUGUGCAGUGCAAGAUUGUCGAUUUUGGAAACACGUGCUGGGCGGAUAAGCCAGUUGCCGAGGAAAUUCAGACGAGGCAAUACAGGGCUCCCGAGGUCAUUCUGCAAUCUGGAUAUUCCUUCUCUGUGGAUAUGUGGUCAUUCGCCUGCACCGCCUUUGAGCUUGCCACUGGAGACAUGAUGUUUGCUCCAAAGGGAGGCCAGGGCUUCGGCGAGGAUGAGGAUCAUCUUGCCCUCAUGAUGGAACUCCUCGGAAAGAUACCGAGAAAGAUAGCCACUGGGGGAGCCCGGUCAAAGGAUUUCUUCGACAAGUACGGGGACCUGAAGAGGAUCCGAAGGCUUAAGUUUUGGCCGCUGGAUCAGCUCCUCAUGGACAAGUACAAGUUCUCUGAGACCGACGCCCGCGAGUUUGCAGAAUUCCUCACCCCAAUCCUUGACUUCGCGCCUGAGAAGCGGCCCACAGCCCAGCAGUGCCUACAGCACCCGUGGCUCACUAUGAGGAAACAAUCAGCCCACAACGAGACGAGCAACGAUUCCAACGUCCGAACCGUGGAGGCAAGGGUGAGAAGCCUCCAAAUUAAGGUGGGCAAGUGAAAGAACGAAGGAAAGGGGGAAGUGCACACGAUGGGCUUAUAGUUAUGGCCCCAUUUUUUUUUUUUUAUAUUUUUUUGUGCACUCCACAAUGGAAGUUUUUCUUGUGAUUUAAUUUUUGGGUUUGUAAUAUGAAAUAAAGAUUCUUUUAUUUUUAUUGGGUUUUGAUUAUUUUUGGGUGAUCUUAACACGAAGAUGUAAAGUAAUUAUUGUGCGAGGGAAUCGAACUUUGACACUAAACAGAUGCUGAUGAUAUGAUCAUAGGCUGGUCGGAGAAUUGUUUCUGGCUUCGAUUUAUGUUCA